GGCGCGUGCGCGGAGCGGCGGGAAGAUGGUGCUGAUCAAGGAGUUCCGAGUGGUUUUACCUUGCUCAGUGCAAGAGUAUCAAGUCGGGCAACUUUAUUCUGUGGCAGAAGCUAGCAAAAACGAAACAGGAGGUGGAGAAGGAAUUCAGGUCUUAAAAAAUGAGCCUUAUGAACAGGAUGGCGAAAAGGGACAAUAUACUCACAAAAUCUACCAUUUAAAGAGUAAAGUCCCUGGGUUUGUAAGGAUGAUUGCUCCAGAAGGCUCCCUGGUGUUCCACGAGAAGGCCUGGAAUGCAUAUCCCUACUGUAGAACAAUUGUGACAAAUGAAUACAUGAAAGAUGACUUCUUCAUAAAAAUUGAGACCUGGCAUAAACCAGAUUUGGGAACGACAGAGAACGUUCACAAUUUAGAUCCAAACACAUGGAAGAGUGUUGAGGUUGUCCAUAUUGACAUUGCAGAUAGAACUCAAGUAGAACCAGGGGACUACAAAGCUGAUGAAGAUCCUGCAUUAUUCCAGUCAGUUAAGACAAAGAGAGGACCUCUGGGGCCAAACUGGAAGAAGGAGCUAGCAACCGAUGAGGAGUGUCCCAAAAUGUGUGCUUACAAAUUGGUGACCAUCAAAUUUAAGUGGUGGGGACUGCAAAACAAAGUGGAAAACUUUAUACAAAAGCAAGAAAAAAGGAUAUUUACCAACUUCCACCGCCAGCUGUUCUGUUGGAUUGACAAGUGGAUUGAGCUGACUAUGGAGGACAUCAGGAGAAUGGAGGAUGAAACCCAGAAGGAGCUGGAAGCGAUGCGUAAGAAGGGUUCCGUUCGAGGCACUUUGGCUGCGGACGUCUAGAGGAGUUCUCUGUAGGUUCUGAGGCAAAGCGAGCUGUCUGCGUAACCAAGGCCAAGUGAGAGGAACGAGCGCUGCCAAUGACGAGUGACCGGACGGACGCCGGUGCCGGACCUUGGCCGUGUGUGUGGGUGCAUGACUCUGUAUAUAACUCCACACACACGCACACAGGAGGGGUGGUUACAGUGUCUCCGGGUGCUAUACCUGUCCUAGCAAAGAUUCCAAGGAAACUGCUUUCAUUAUGUAUACCCCAAGCAAAUAAAAAAUCAACUGAGUAGUGUCAUUUAAAGGAUGAAUUUUGCUAACUGGUAUGUUCAUGAAUGUCAAUACUGGACCAAUUUCUGCCCUACUUGUUUUCUCUCCUGUCCAAGUCACUCUGCUCUAACUUGCCCAUCUCUCAUUGUAAAGGAACACUCAAACAAGUUAAUUUCAGUUUUAUGUCUUCCCUAUGUGAUGAGUUUUUGGAAUAGGAACAAUGAAUGUAUUUAUAGCUAUUUAUUUCUGGAUUGUCAUUAUCCUCUAGUCAAAUCAGAAAAAAAUUUAUGUUAGUGGAAAUUGGAAGACUUUUACUGUUGAAUAAGUUUAACCCAAACUUUACCCACUCACUGAUUUAAAAGAAAAAAAAUCAUGUUUUAUUGGACUUUUGUACAUUGAAAUGCUAACAGUUUUCUUCAUUAAAAUUGGCAAGAUUAAGGAAAAA